AUGGCAACCCGGACGUCACGGGGGCGCGCUUUGCGGCAGGGCGCGAGGAUUCGGCGCGACACUCGGUGGCGCUUUGCGGCAGUACCGGCGUGCGGAGCCAUGGCGGAGGAGGACCCGGCAGCGGCGGCGUCCGGGAGCGGCAGCGAGAGCGAGGAAGGGGAGGAUGGCGAGCGGCGGCACCGGCAGCUCCUGGAAGCCAUCAGCGCCUUGUCCGGACGGAAACGGCGGAAGCUGGCGGAGCGCUCGGAGGCGAGCGGGCAGGUGUCCGAGUUCAAUGUCACCUGCAAAGGUGCUGGGGAAAAGCUGGUUCUGUCGGAGCUGCUGCAGCCUAUCCAUCCCAAAUCCACGCUGGGCAGCGUGAGGAAGGAGCUGGCCAGAGUGAAGCGGAAGGCAGCGGUGGAGCUGCCACUGAGCAAAGAGGAGGCCAAGAGGGUGGUGAGGGAGGCCGCCUACGUCACCACCUCCAAGGACGUGGGGAAGUGGCAGCAGGUGGUCCUGCAAAACCGGCGUGCGGAGCAGCUGGUGUUCCCCCUGCAGCAGGACAUCGCCACCGUGACCCCUCUGGAGAGAGUCACCUCAGCGUGGAAGGCCCGAACUCCACUAGAGCAGGAGAUCUUUGGGUUACUCCACAAGACACAGCAGCCUAUCACAGACCCGCUGCUGACACAGGAGGAGAAGGCUUCGCUGCAGGCCAUGAGCUUGGAGGAGGCCCGACGCCGGCGGGCAGAGCUGCAGAAGGCCCGGGCGGUGCAGUCUUACUAUGAGGCCAAGGCUCGGCGAACGAAGCGGAUCAAGAGCAAGAAGUACCACCGUGUGCUCAAGAAGAGCCGGAGGCGCCAGGCCCUGAAGGAGUUCGAGCAGCUGCACAAAUCGGACCCUGCAGCCGCCUUGGAACGGCUGGAGGAGCUGGAGCAGCUCAGGAUGCAGGAGCGGAUGAGCCUUAAGCACCAGAACAAGGGAAAAUGGGUACCUCAGCAGUUGCCUCAGGUCACAUGGGACACGUACAGCCCAGGGCAGGGAAAGGGGAAGGACAGCAUCGGCUGUGACCUGCUGCUCAACCCUCCAGCGAGCUCAGACCAGGAGGAGGAGGAGGAGCAAGAAGCAGAUAACUUCAUGUUUGAGUUCUCAGACAAGCCGCUGCUUCCCAGCUACAACCUCCAAGUGUCCGUCUCCCGGGGGCCCUGCAACUGGUUCCUGUUCUCUGAUGUGCUCAAGCGGCUGAAGCUGUCCUCCCGCAUAUUCCAGGCCCGCUUCCCGCACUUCGAGGUGGCCACGCUGCCCCGGGCAGAGUUCCGGCGCCAGGUGUCCCUCAGCCAGGUGCUGGCGCAGGAGGAGGUGCCGGCAAGCCCCGAGCUGGCGCCGGGCACGGCGGCAGAGACUGUGGAGCUGGUGCACUAUGAGCCCGAGCUGCUGCAGCUGCUGGGCUCGGCGGUGGAGUACCAGGCCUGGAGCAGCUGACGGGGACAGGCCACUCCCGGCAUCACGAGGCAAUAAUAAGGACCAAGGGGAAGCAGUUUUCUCAGCGCCAGCAGCAGGGACCCGAGUCUUUGAGCAGCCGCUCCUCCUCUCCUCAGGGUCUCCACCAGCUGGGGAGGGAGGACCUUCGCCUCCAAGGACUUCCCGAGGCCCCCGCCACGAGCAGUGGCGGUCGCUGCCGCCUCAUCCAGCUCCGGUGGGUGAUGGAACCCCCUGCACGGGGCUCAACGGGGCAGCGAGGGGUGGGAGCUGCCGCCCCUCCCCACCGGACCCUACGGAACCGCGCCUCUCCGUUCGCCCUCCCCCUCCCGAUGUCUUCCAUAGUAUUUAUUUAAUUAGUAUUUAAUUUGUAAUGUUUUCUUUGCUGAGUCUGUAUCACUGUGAUGGUGAGCUCCGGGCUGUGGGAUAAGGCCGUCCCCUGCCCCUCUCCAGCGUGCCCCGAGGCCGGCCGGGCCCAGGGCUUCCCGUCCCUCCGUGGCAACGAGCCAAGGGACAGCCCCUUCCCUUGGCCUUGGAGCUGGCUGCUGCUGCCAGCGCUCAGCCCCAGCCGGGAGCCAGCCGCAACGCUCCAUCCUCUCCCGUGCUCCUUCUCCAUCUCGUUCGUGCUCCCGCUCCCUGUCCCCGGCGGUGCUGCCCGGGCAGGCAGCCCGCGGCCCCCAGCGCGUCCCUCGCUUCGGCAGCUUGUGCCCCGCCGCAGGCUCUGUCCCCCCGGCAGGAGCCGCCUCCCCGCCCCGCGCCCCGCCGCUGUCCCGGGAGCAGCUCUCUGUGCGGGAGCGGGCGGGCUGCUCUGCCUCGGGGCCGGUACAGUUUUAUUGUACAGGUGCUAACAGGACUGAGGUCGGGAUAAUCGGGGGAUUUCUGGCUCUCCCCGCUCCACAGCGGGAGCCUUGGAUGAGUUUUUUUUGUUGGUUCGUUUUUUCUUUGUGUUGUGUUUCUCCCCAGCCAGGGCAGGCGUUUCCCCCCUUGGAGCCCUGCUGCCAGCCUUCCCCCGGGGGCCCGGCAGCACCUUCUUUAAGCCAAGGGUUUUUUUGCCUUUGGGUGUGUAUUCUGGUUGCUCUUUCUGAUUUCUGUUUUA